AUGGAUCAAUUUGACGAAGAAAAAGAGCAUAGUAUCGAGAUGCAUCUUCCAUACAUUUAUAAGAUCUUGGAAAAAAAAAUUGAUUCUAUCAAAAUCGUUCCUGUCUUAGUCGGAUCAUUGUCACCAUCUGACGAAGUCCUAUAUGGAAAGUUGUUUAGUCCCUAUCUUGCUGAUCCAUCCAACCUAUUUGUCAUUUCUUCAGAUUUUUAUUCACCGGGGACUAGUUUCAACCUUAACCGUAAAUCGAACAUGCCCCUUACCAUUCCGAUACACCGAUCCAUUGAAAACCUCGACCGUGAAGGGAUGACCAUUAUAGAACGGAUUAAUCACAAGGAAUUCGUUUCUUAUUUAUCGAAAACAAGGAACACCAUUUGUGGAAGACAUCCUAUCGGUGUGCUCUUAUGUGCGAUCGAAGCACUGCCAAGUGAGCCUGAGGAAAUUGAUGUCGAGGAUGGAACCACCUCCUCAGCGUUUGACAGGAUCAAACCUCGAAUUCGUUUUGUGCACUAUGCCCAGUCCAGUAGAGUGACUCGUGAAAAUGAUAGUAGCGUUAGUUACGCGUCAGCUUAUGUGUACUUGCCGUAA